AUGGAUUACUUGCUGAGCUUGGAAGGGGUGGGGGAGUUGGGAACGAGCAAGCAAGAAGACACCAGUAACAUAAUCACCCGCGACAGCAACGGCAAGUGCAGCAGCAGCAGCAACAGCAACAACAGCAGCAAAAGCACUCAGGGUUCUUCCUUUUCCCCAUGCAAUCGGGUCUACAGACUGCUGCAGCAAAUAGUGCAGCCCGAAUGGCACACGCUUGCCGACCCAACAUCUGCUGAGUGGAUGGAGGAUUUUAACAGACGUGUGGCAGCGAGAGAAUCUCUCACCCCAGCUGCUGCCGUUUCUGUUUCUGCUGCUGCUGCACAUGCUUCUGCUGCUGAAGCCCCAGCUUCAGCUUCUUAUGGCUCUCCUGCUGCAAAGGGGGCGUCAGCACUGGCACAAGCAGACACGGAAGCAGCGUCCUCAGCGACGCCGUCAGUAGGGGAAACAACAGAAGCAGCAGCACCACCACCAACAACAGCAGCAGCAGCUCCCGUCUCCGAAUCUGAGGUGCAGUCUAUUGCUUCUGCCUUUGAUUCGUUUACUCCUCGCGAGCAGUUUUUGCUUCUCAGCAAAAUCAAUAACAAAAUAGACACCCCAUGGGUGCAGGCUUUAAGGCGACUACGCGCAGUGGAGGAAUGUGAAACAUCUCGGCCUUUGGAAUUAAAUGAAGUCCUGAACUAUGCAAGAAGGUUGGCGGGUAAUGUGUCUGCUCCUCCUGAGACGAGUAACGUGGUGGAUCCGGUGGCUCAUAACGCUGCUUUUCCUCGUUAUCACUUUUUGCCUUAUCCCUCUGUAGAAGAGAUGCAGGCAUCGCGGCUGGCUGCAUUAGCAGCAAGGCCUUAUGGAGAAAUUUGCUUUCCUCCAGAGGUGACAGCCCAGCUGGUGUACGUACACCGCAAGGCGGCUUUUAGCCUCAUAGACACACCAAAGGGGCGCAUUCCUAUACGACCUCUGCUGGUGCCGGGGCCCUUUCCAAAGACUGUGCGCGUCCAAUGUAGAAAGAAAGAGAAAAAACCCUCCCGUAUAACGCAAAGCUGCCUCAAGCUCAAGGGAGCAGCAGCAACAGCUGCUGCUUCACAGGGGCCUACUGCUGCCAUUGCUGCUUCUCGCGGUCAACACCUGAGCGAUGCAGGCAAAGGAGACAGGCAUGCAGCAACAGACGGACAGGAAGGAUUCAGGGCAGCCAACGAAUCUACAAAACAAACAGAAGAAACACGACCAGCAGUGGCAGCAGCAGCAGCAGGACAAACCACUGGGCUGUCUCAAUUCCACGGCCUGAUGCUGGGCACUGCCAGACGGCGGCCUCAGCAGCGCAGAGAAGAAGAAGGCAGCAGUGAAAGCAGCAGCAGCAGCAGCAGUAGCGACGAAGGAGACUAG